AAGCUUUCAAUUAGUUUGAAACGACAUAUACAACUCUAGCUACAAUAUCCAAGUCCUCAUCCAUGGCCAUCUCCAAGGUUGUGAUUCUUUCACUUCUCAUUUCCCUUCUUGUUCUCAAUCUCGUGGAAGCUGAUGAAACUGUGAAUGGAAACGUCGCUAAGGGUUCUCCCAAUGGAAAAAUAGAUUGCAGGGGGUCAUGCGCUGCCAGGUGUCGGUUAUCCUCGAGGCCUCGCCUCUGCAAUAGGGCUUGUGGCACCUGCUGCCAGCGGUGUAAUUGUGUUCCACCGGGGACAGCCGGUAACCAAGAGGUCUGCCCUUGCUAUGCCAACAUGACCACCCACGGUGGCAGACGCAAGUGCCCUUGAAGCUCGCAAAAUUUAUUUAUAUAUGCCGAUGAUGAUGGACAGUAUGAGGAUGAUCGGUCAGAGUCUUUGCAUGUAUGCGUAUGAAGAGUAUAUAUAUACACAUAUAUAUACACCUAUAUAUUGUUAUAUUUACGGGUGUUGUGAGAAAUAAAAGUGUACUAUUAAUUAAUAACAGAAUAUUCUGUGUAUAAAAGCUAAUUAAUAAAGAUAUGCUUGUUAUUGCUUCAAA